AUGAUGCGACUCCGAGGCGCAAUAAUGCGACUCCGAGCCCCUCCUAUUCUGCGGGUGAUACCAUUCCGCACCCCGAGUUUUGCGGUUCUAGCAUCGGCGACUCGGACGGCGGCGCGAAGAACUCGCCUACUCCACCCCGUCCCCACGCCGACAGAAGCAGCGGUGGCGAUACUAUCCGUCGAUCUUCCGUCGCGUCCGCGCACCGCCGAAUCAUGCCGCAUCGAGAGCGGAACCAGGAGCACGGCGACAUCAUCAGCGGCGGGGAUCGGCACGGCGGCGUCCCCCUGGCUUCCGCCAUUGCUUUCCGAAGCCACGCCGCGCAGCCCGCACGCCGCCGCUGGGGACGUCGUUCCGCGGAAGGCGCGCGGGCUGACGUUGCCUAGUCUUGUUGUUCGGGAGAAACCCCCCCGCGGAGCCGGCGGUUUUGCGGCGGUGGUGGCGGUUUCCGCCGCCGUGCGCAGCCCGCACGCGGAAGCUGUUCGGCGGAAAGCCGCGUCGUCGCUCGACAUGGGCGCGGAGUGGCGUGACGAAGCGCUGGUGGCUUCCGCGGAGCGCACGCGCAGCGGACGCCCGGGGGAAGCGCAAGCGACAAGAAAGGCAGCGCAAGCGAGCGUGGAAGCGGCAAGGAAGGCGCAAGCGAAAUCUCAGAUGGCGAAGGCGCAAAAGAUGGGAAGUCAGUCGCGGAAAGCAGCGCCGCCUCCACGGAAAGCAGCGCCGCCUCCGCGGAAAGCAGCGCCGCCUCCGCGGAAAGCAGCGCCGCCGCCGCGGAAAGCAGUGCCGCCGCCGCCAGCAGCAGCGGAUACUCGUCUGACGACAGCAGCGGCGGCAGAGACGUGA